AUGAACAACGACGGCUCAAUCACCGAGGAAAUCGACUACCAUUUUUUUGCGAAUUUCAUGCAGGAGAACCCUACUUCAUCGAGCUCUUCUAUCGCGCCGGUAGCUUCAACACAUCCUGGCUCCAUCGAACAGGACGGCUUCAGGCAGAACGAUCCCAGCGAGUUUUAUCACGGCAACAACUGGCCAAUCUACCCUUCUGAGAGCUCCGUAGACAACAGCAACUGGUCUAACUUCCAAGACAACAUGUACACUUCUAGCGACAGCGUACCAGGACAGUCGGCCGCUGACUGGAACUUGCAAGGAGGUUACAGUCACCUAGAGGCUGGCCAACAGUAUCAGCCAGAGAAUAACGUAGCCUUCGCAGCUUGGGAAACGACUUUACGUAUCCCCCGACUGCUCCUAACCCAGUGCAAAACACUGGACAUCCAGUCUUAG